AAAUAUCUAUGUACAGAUUUCGAUAACUUUGGAAAUUCAGUACACUCUAAUUCCACAAAGGAGUUAGUGAGUAUUAGAAUGUUUCCUAGAAUGUAGCUCUAAGAGGUGUUACUCUCAAAGGCAGAUAUAAUGAUUUACCAAAUUUGAUCUUCUUUCCUGAAGCCUGUGAUCCUGUUGAAAAUUGGAUCCCUUUCUUUAGUGACCCAAACAAUAAGGUAGAAAAGUAGUGUGAAUUUGAUAGAUUCUUGAUUAUAGAAAUGUGCAUAUUUUGAGUCCAAGAAAUUUUGGUACAUCAGAUAAACAUUACUCUUUUGAUGUUGAAGAUCUAGCCAAUGAUGUUGUUAGAUACAUGUAUUAUAACAAAAUUACUAUGGCAACUUUGGCUGGACAUGGAUUUGGAGCAAAGGUUGCUUUAGCUGCUGGAUGUUAUCAUCCUGAAAGAACAACAGGUGUGUUUUGCAUUGAUUAUUCACCUAUGGAUUAAAGAUUUCAUGAGGCAUUUACAGAAUUUAGAGGCUUUAUUAAGAAAUUAUCAUAAAUUAAUACUAAAGAAAUGACCAAAUCAUAAAUUGAGGCAUUUCUAAAAGAAAAUAUAGAGGUUAAAUUAUUUAAAUAUUCCUUUAUAGUGUGUUAAAUGGAGAUCUAUUUUUAGUGAUAAUCUAAUUAAAUUACCAUCAGGAUAAUGGGAUUGGAAGUUUGCUCUUAAAUUCCUUAAUGAUAAUAUUUCAUUUAAUAAAGCUGAUUCUCUUGCUUUCUGGCCAGUCAAAGCAGGACUUUUUACAGGCAGAGCUCAUUUUGCAUUCCCUGAAUUUUCAAGAUGGGUUCAUUUAGGAACCAAUACUUUACCAAUGUUGAAGGUAUGCCCAUAAGUGAGAGGUUUUGGACAUGAUGUUCAUUCUGUUUAAGGAGAUAAUAACACAUUAAGUAUUUUAUUAAUAAUUUUAUUUAGAUCAUUGGAUUUAUGAAUUUAAGGAUUAAUCAUUUGUUUUUGCAAGUCGAUUCACUAAGUAAAUAUAAAUAUUUAUUUUAGAUUCUUAUCUAUGUAUGAUGGUGUUCAUCUUUUACUUAAAGACAGAACUGAAGUUGGAAAGGAAUUUGUUCCUUCUAUCAUUUAUUCUAAGAAGGAUCCCAAUCAUGUAUAUUCAGACUAUUCUCCUGCUCAUUAUUAUCAUAAUUGGAGAUUCAACAAUGUCUACAAAAAUUAAGAUAUUCAAAAUAAAUGAUAUAAUACCAUACAAUAUUAAAUAGAAUCUAAAUAAAUUAU